AGAGCAAUGUCUUUGACCUGAAGUGGCUUUCUGAGGCCACAUUGGAGAUAGAUGUUGUUCAUAUAAUUUUAUGUGCAGUGUUUAUAAAUGGUGCUAACUGACAUAUAGUUAAUCAUGUUUGUCAAAACAUUAAGAAACAUCAGUACCGCUUUAAAGAAUCUCAAGAUUCAAGGAUGCAGUAUUUGCUUCCACAAGAGAUUUUCCAUUAUAUCUUCAGGACAGAAGAACCUUCCCCCUCGCUAUCUCGGUCAGCCUAGCCCCUUCACACACCCCCAUCUCCUUAAAACAGGUGAGGUCACCCCCGGCUUGUCACAGGUGGAAUAUGCCCUCCGUCGACAUAAACUGCUGAGCCUGAUCCACGAAAAGGCCGAGAGCUUGGGGACUUCUGACCAUGCCAUCAUUCUGCUGUCUCAUCCCACUUACUACAUGACAAAUGACAUCCCCUUUCCCUUCCACCAGAACACAAAUUUCCUCUACCUCUGUGGCUUUCAGGAGCCAGACAGCAUACUGUUGCUCCACAAUAUUCCUGGAAAGAGCCUCCCUUCUCACAAGGCUGUCUUAUUUGUGCAAAGAAGGAAUCAGAACCGAGAACUCUGGGAUGGCCCACGCUCUGGGGUGGAUGGUGCAGUUUCCCUCACAGGUGUGGAUGAGGCCUACACAAUGGAGGAGUUUAGACCUUACAUGCAGAGGUUUAAAGAUGAAGGGUGCAUGGUAUGGUACGACAGUGAGCCAGUUGUUCACCCAAGGUUCCACGCGGACUACAUUCAGCCCCUUAUAGCUACUAAGAUGCAGAGCAACAACACAGUCCAACCAGUUCAGAAACUUGUUCAAUGUCUACGACUCAUUAAGUCCGACGCAGAGGUAGAACUCAUGAAAACAGCUGCAAAGGUCACCUCCAAGGCAUUCAUAAGCACAAUGUUCUCAACCAAGGCUCCAGUUGACGAGGCCUAUCUUUAUGCAAAGUUUGACUUUGAGUGUCGAGCUCAUGGGGCGGACCUCUUGGCCUACCCUCCGGUGGUAGCUGGCGGCAAUCGCUCCAAUACACUGCAUUAUGUGAAAAAUAACCAAAUGGUUAAGGAUGGUGAGAUGGUGUUAUUGGAUGGCGGCUGUGAGUAUUCCGGCUAUGUCAGUGAUGUCACUCGUGUCUGGCCUGUCAGUGGAAGAUUCACAGAACCUCAAGCUGAGCUGUACCAGACCGUCCUUGAUGUACAGAAGUCCUGCCUAAGCCUCUGCAUUCCGAGUAUCAGUCUGGAAAAUAUCUACACUUUCAUGCUGACCACCCUCGGACAAAAGCUGAAAGACAUAGGGAUCCUGCAGAAGAACUCUAACCAGAAUGAUGCUUACAAGGCUGCUGUGAAUUAUUGCCCGCACCACGUUGGACAUUAUCUAGGGAUGGAUGUCCAUGACACGCCAGGCAUCUCCCGGUCCAUUGCCCUCCAGCCUGGGAUGGUGGUGACAAUUGAACCUGGAAUCUACAUCCCAGAACAUGACACAUCAGCUCCUUCAAGAUUCCGAGGAAUGGGAAUUCGGAUUGAGGAUGACGUUUUGAUAACAGAAGAGGGGCCAAUUGUUCUGUCUGCAGAUUGUCCCAAGGAAUUACACGAAUUAGAACAAAUUUGGGCUGACCGUUAACAAGCAGCCCUUGCGCUGAUGCCUCCAUAAUUUAUAAUGAACUGCUGUAAGUGACAAGAAGAGUCCCAAUUAUUCCAGCAUCUCCAUUCAAUGUCAUAACUCUGCAUGACAUAUUGCGAUGCCAGCAUAUCCCAGUAUUUUAUUCUGUCCAGAUAUGUAAAACCCUGAAUAGUAUUUAUCUAUCCUCCAGGACAGAAGAUUGUACAACAAAAUACUGGAACAAUACUUGAAAACUUUUAUUUUAACUAAAAUGAUGGGCAAAGAUUGGCCGGUGAAUCGCACCUGUGCUACACAGACACGGAAUAACCAAGCACCUUGCCCCCGAGUAACAGCCAGGUGUGAGAUGAACACCCUUGGCCAAAUUGGAAUCUAAACAUGGAACAUUUCCUCUCUGACUUCAGAUUUCAGGAGAUGAUGGUUACUAUGCGGCACACCCAGCACUCCACCUAGAUUCACACUCUGAUAUCAACUACAGCUAGGAACUCAUUUGGCUCCCCUUUGAACAUUUGGUGUUGAUCGUCACAAACCUUCAACUCCCUUCAAACUCUUUUCUAUAGAACAGAAUUUUUUUAAUAUAUCGUAAUCUCUCCCAAGUGUUAUCUUGGCAAAUGACAGCUAGUUUCUGACCUCAACUGUUUAAAACCCUGUGCUGGUGAUGUGUGUAAUUGAAAGCUGCUAUGGUGCUGAGCUGUACUGAGUGGAAAUGUCUGUUUAAAGCUGGCAGAAUGAUGUCAUGUGCUGCCAUCGGGUCAUUAAAUCUGGCUGUUGUACUACUGGACUAGAGAAAUAAAAAUCAAUCAGGAUUACCA